AUGGAUGCAUUUAAGGCGAAGCUGGAUAAAUGUAUGAAGGAGAAAGGAAUAGAAGGUUAUGCCACUAUGUUUGACUGUUCUAAACGCAAGGCGGAAAUGGAAGAGAUCACCCGGCUCAUUGGGAAAACUAGGAUGAAAGGGAAAUCUUACUUUGAUAAAGAAAGCCAUAUAUCCAUAUAUCUUGUCUUUUUUUCUUGUAGGAUCAUGAUUCGCAGCUCUCUGGCUCUGAGGGUUUACAGCUUCCUGACAGUGGCCUUGUUGUGUUUAGAGUUACUCUAUCAGUUCGGAACCAGGAACAUGGACAGCGAAACUCCGAAGGUGGAUGACGGCGGAUCUCCGGAAAUUCCUCUAUCAAUUACGUUCCCAUUUUUUGCAAUGGGUCAGAGGUCUCUGCACGUGAAUAACAAUGGUGUGAUAUCCUUCAAUGUACAAGUCAGCCAGUUCACUCCCGAAGCUUUCCCGCUCUCGGAUGGGCGCUCGUUCAUUGCUCCCUUUUGGGCUGAUGUUCAUAAUGGAAUCAAGGGAAAUGUGUAUUACAGACAGAGCACUGAGCCCAGCAUCCUGCAGAGAGCCACCAAAGAUAUCAGGAAGAGCUUCAAGGACCAGACUUCCUUCUCAGCGACCUGGGUGUUCAUCGCCACUUGGUAUAAAGUCACUUUCUAUGGAGGCAGCUCCACCACACCGAUGAACACCUUUCAAUGUGUGCUGAUCACAGAUGAAAGAACUUCCUUUGCCAUGUUUAACUACGCUGAUAUUUACUGGACAACAGGGACUGCAAGUGGAGGAGACCCAUUAACCGGAGUUGGAGGCUCAGCAGCACAGGCAGGAUUCAAUGGUGGGGAUACCAGUCACUUUUUCAGCCUGCCCACCUCUCGAACGUCUGAGAUGAUGAACAUCGAAGAGACCAGUAAUGUGAACUUUCCGGGACGGUGGAUUUUUAGAAUAGAUGGAGAAACAAUUGACCCAUCAAGUGGCUGCAGCCUGAAGGGGCAGUUUUUUCGCCGUGGUGAUGUUUUUUGGAUGGAUGAGAAAUGUCAAACCAAGUGCCGGUGCCUUGAUUUAGGGAACAGCAUCCACUGUCAGAAUCUGUCCUGUGGGAACUUCGAGCAGUGUCACUCUGUGGAUGGGAUUUAUCGCUGUGUUCCCGUUCAGACCGCUUCGUGUGUGGUCUUUGGAGAUCCUCAUUACCACACCUUCGACGGCUACCUGUACCAUUUCCAGGGGACGUGCUCUUACAUCCUUUCCAAACCGUGCUGGGAGCUGGAGAACCUGCCCAAUUUCAGCAUCGAGGCCAAGAACGAGAACCGAGUGGGGACCACCGUAUCUUGGCUGAGAAACGUCAAGGUGAAUGUUUAUUCCCACAAUAUCGUCAUUCCCAGAGGAAACGUCGGCCAAGUCAUGGUGGACGGUAUAACUGCGACUUUACCUGUGCAGCUGGAGAUGGGAGCGAUCAAAGUUUACCGGAGCGGAGUGGCGACUGCGGUGGAAACCGAUUUUGGUUUGUUCCUAACUUUUGACGGUGAACAUUACGCCUCAAUCUCGCUGCCCAGCUCCUAUCUCAACAACACGUGUGGACUGUGCGGGAACUUCAACAAUAACCCAGCAGAUGAUAACCUGCUCCCGGACGGGACCCUCUCAGACUCUCUGGCAGAGCUGGGCACCGCCUGGCAGGCUGACGGUCCCGACUGGUUCUGUAAACACGACUGUGCGGAAAACUGUAGCGUCUGCGAUCCGCACACCGAGUCCAUCUACUACCGGCCAGAUUACUGCGGCAUCAUGAACAGAAGUGACGGCUCAUUCCGAGACUGUCACUCGGUGGUGGACCCCAUGGGCUUCCUCAUCAGUUGUGUGUAUGACAUGUGUGCAGAUCCGAACAAUCUCACCACCCUGUGCCAAGCUAUUCAGGCUUAUGCGCUGAGCUGCCAAGCUGUCGGGAUCACCGUCGGACCCUGGAGAUCCCGCACUUUCUGCGCGUUACCCUGUCCUGAAUGGAGCCAUUAUGAGAUGUGUACCAGCAGCUGUCCAGCCACCUGCACUGACCUGAUUUCUCCCCUGUACUGUACGAGGCCCUGCACUGAGGGCUGUCAGUGUGAUGAGGGCUAUGUACUCAGUGGUAAUAACUGUGUUCCACUUGAGGAGUGUGGCUGUGAGUUCAAUGAACGUUACUAUUCCUUCAAAACAAAAUUCUGGGCAACUGAAGACUGCACCCUGCGCUGCCUAUGUGAGGGUCAUGGAGAGGUGCUGUGUGUGAAUGAGACUUGCCCCAAAGGGGAAUUCUGUCUUGUGGAGUAUGGGAUUCUAGGAUGCUAUCCCAAGAGAGCAGCUGUGUGCACGGUCUCCCGCAAAAACGGACUGCAAACUUUUGACGGAGUUUCCUUUGAUUUCCGGGAUGAAUAUGCGUAUACACUUCUCAAAAUCUGUGGCUCAAACAGUUACAACCUGUCACAUUUUGAAAUCAAUCUGGGAAGAAAGAAAAUGGUCAACGGUUCCUGGAUAAAAUCACUGACUAUAAAAUUCCCUGAUCAUGAAAUAAAGAUUGGAGGCAGUGAAAACAUCAUCAAGGUGAAUGCUUUUGCAAUUUCCUUGCCAUUUAUGCAUUCGUCUGGAAAAUUGAAGAUCUAUCGGAAUGGAAAUGACACCAUGGUGGAAUUAAACAGCAGUUUCCAAAUCCUGUAUUCAAGUGAGGAUCGUAUAAAUCUAACACUGUCCACUGCGUAUUACAACAACACUUGUGGGCUGUGUGGAUACUUUAAUGGUAAUCCGACUGAUGACUUCCGUAAAGCCAAUGGAAAAGUGACAGAAAAUGCUGCAGAAUUUGUGGAUAAUUGGAAGACAUUUGCUGAUGAUAUGACAUGUAAUGGGCAGUGUGAGGAGUUGUACACUGUAUGUACAAAUGAGGAUUUAAUUUUGUAUCAAGGAAUUUCUUUAUGUGGAAUAAUCAAUGAUCCCACUAACAGCUCCUUUCUCAACUGUCAUGAAGUUGUCAAUCCUUCUCCCUUUUUCAGAAGUUGCCUUUACACUAUGUGUUUAAAUGGUGGAAACAUAACUGCCCUCUGCAGUUCCCUGCAGGCUUAUGCAGAUGCCUGCAUUGGUGCUGAGGUCACACAAGCUAACUGGAGAAGCAGCAUGUUUUGCCCUCUUCCGUGCCCUGAGAACAGUCACUUUGCCGAGUGCACUUCCGCCUGUCCAAUGACCUGUUUGUCCCUGGAAGACGAUGUGGACUGCAACCUUCCCUGUGUGGAGGGCUGUCAAUGUGACCAGGGAUUUGCCUUAAAGGAUGGUCAUUGUAUCCCAAAGAGCCAUUGCGGCUGCGUCUAUGAAGGUUUGGAUGUCCGUACAAACGAGACCUUCUGGGUGGGUAGAGAUUGCCAGGUCCGCUGCUACUGUAAUGGAUCCGACAAUGCGUUGCAUUGUGAGAGCGGCUCCUGCCGAGUCGAUGAGUUUUGUUCAGAAGGCAAUGAGCUGUAUUACUGUGUCCCCCGUAGCGAAGCAAUUUGCAUUGUGUCUGGUUACAGUCAUUACUACACCUUUGACACCCUGGCCUAUGAUCUGCAAAGCACCUGUUCCCACAUCAUCAGCACCGUGGCCCCAGGCUCCCCACAUCUGCCCCAUUUCCUGGUACGAACCAAGAAUGAAGAUCGCAACACGUCGCUGGCUCUGUGGCUUCACGAGGUGGAGAUUAAAGUUCACGGUUACAAUAUCAGCGCCUCCAAAGGCUAUAAACAUACAGUGAUGGUGAACAAGGAACGGAUUUACCUGCCCCUCAAACUGGGCCGUGGCCAAGUCAAUCUCUACUCGUUUGGCAUCUACUUGGUUCUAGAAAGUGAUUUCGGACUCAAGGUGAUGUAUGACUGGAACACUUUUUUAUCAGUGACCGUUCCCAGGACCUUUUUCAACUCCACGCGUGGUUUGUGUGGCCAGUUCAAUGGGGACCCAGCCGAUGAUCUGCAGACAGCAGACGGCAGGAUUGCAAGGAAUAUGCUGGAGUUUGCGGAGAGCUGGAUGGUGGGCAGGACAUCAUUCUGUGAGCUGGGCUGCGAUAGAGUUUGUCCCGCAUGUGAGCAGGUUCUCAGUCUCCCAGUGGACAUGCUGCAGCUCUGCGCACUCAUCGUCUCGAAGUAUGAUAUCUUCAGCCGCUGCCAUGGGAAGGUCAACCCCACUUUCUUUUAUCACAAUUGUAUUUUCGACUCGUGCAUCGACCGUGGAAAUCGUCAAACGGCCUGUAACUGGCUUCAGAACUACGGCAGCAGCUGCCAGGCUCAAGGAGUCCAGUUACACGGCUGGAGGAACACUACAAUGUGCAUGAUCAAUUGUCCUAUAAACAGUCACUAUGAGAACUGUAUGUCUGUGUGCCAACCAGGCUGUGCCACCUUCAAAGCCCAUCGGGACUGUAACCAUUAUUGUAUAGAAGGCUGUCAGUGCAAUGAUGGCUUCCUGCUCAACGGGAGAACAUGCAUCUUGCCUCAGGACUGUGGCUGUGUGGCAGAUGACAAAUACUACGAGCCAGGGCAGUUUUUCUGGAACACUAACUGCUCGAAACACUGUCGGUGCAUGGGACGCAAUAUGGUCCAGUGUGACUCUCGCCAGUGCAAGAGCGAGGAAUCAUGCUCACUCCGCAAUGGGAUCCGGGGCUGUUAUAGUAAUAAAGGCUCUUACUGCAUCGCUGCUGGUGGAGGCAUAUUCCAGACCUUUGAUGGGGCCUUCCUGCGAUUUCCUGCUGCCUGCUCAUUUGUCCUCUCAACAAUCUGUCACAAACUUCCAGACAUCUCCUUUCAACUGAUAAUAAAUUUUGACAAAUGGAGUUCACCCAACAUGACUGUGAUCUCCCCUGUUUAUCUUUAUAUCAACGAGGAACAGAUUCUCAUCACAGGCAACACAGUUCAGGUGAAUGGAACCACUGUCACAAUUCCCGUGGCCACAGGCCUGACAAAGAUCUCAACUGCUGAGGGAUUCCUGAUAAUCGAUACUGUUCAAGGUAUUCAGAUCCAAUACAACUGGUUUAAUUUGCUAUCUAUCAGGAUGGGGGAGCGCCUACAGAACAAGGUGUGUGGUCUGUGCGGAAACUUUAAUGGAAACCCCAAUGAUGAUGACUUAAGUUCACGAGGGAAACCAGCAAAAAACAUCCUGGAGCUGGCAAAGAGCUGGAAAACCAAUGGCAUGCAGAACAGCUGUGAUGAAGAUCAGUACGCUGCAUUAUCACUCACCUGUGAUAACCAGGACAUCAUUCAGCUACAGAAUGAAGGAAAGUGCCUGAAACUCACUGAAAUGAAGGGCUUCUUCCAGCCGUGUUAUGGAUUCAUCAACCCCAUGCCAUUUUACAAGUCCUGUGGAUUGGAUACUUGCUACUGGGAUGAGAAAUCACAAAUCUGCAGCUCGCUGGCAGCAUAUGGAGAGGCCUGUCGUUCAAGAGGGAUCCUGAGCACUGACUGGAUUCGCCGGGAAAACUGCUCAGAAUUGAUCGAUGAUCCAUGUGCUGGAGGCAUUUGCACCAACUACAGUUUGUGCCGACAGGGUAACGGAGAUCUAUGUGGUUGCCCGGAGGAGCCCAGCCCCGACAGCGGUAAAUAUGAUAUUGUCCAGGCAGAUGUGGUGUGCAAAUAUUCUCAGAUGGAAGUUUAUAUUUCCAAAUGCCGACUUUACCAGCUGGGCUUUGAGCGUGAAGAUGUUCGAAUUAAUGAUUUCCACUGUGUGGGAUCAGAGGGAGAUGAUUUUAUUGCAUUUCACAUCAAUAAUACCAAUCACAACUGUGGGAACAUUGUGAAGACAAAUGAGACACAUGUCAUGUACAUAAACACCGUCUGGAUCGAAAGUCUGAACAACACAGGCAAUGUCAUUACUCGUGAUAGAGUCAUUAAUGUCGAAUUCUCCUGUGCCUAUGAACUUGACCUGAAAGUUUCUCUUGAAACUGUCGUGAGGCCAGUGCUGAGUGUUGUCAACCUCACUCUUCCCACCAAAGAAGGUAAUUUCAUCACGAAAAUGGCUCUCUAUAAAAACUCAUCAUACAAAUUUCCAUAUCGAGAGGGUGAGGUGACACUCACCACCCGGGAUGUCCUGUACAUUGGAGUGUUUGUGGAGGGAGCCGAUUCUACACAGCUCAUUCUGAUCAUCAACCGCUGCUGGGCCACUCCAUCCCGAAAUCCAAAGGACCGACUACGUUAUAUGAUAAUAGAACAUGGGUGCCCAAACUCAAAGGACAGCACCAUCGAGAUGGAGGAGAAUGGAGUGUCUCUAACUUGCCGCUUCCACAUUGUUGUUUUCAAGUUUAUUGGUGAUUACGAUGAGGUUCAUCUGCAUUGUGAUGUGACGCUGUGUGACUCCGACAUAAAUAACUGCAGAGUUACUUGUCCUCCUAACAGCAGGAGAUUCUCCAAUGACAACUGGUCACCCUCAAAAGAUCAGAUUCUCUCUGUUGGACCCAUCAGGAGAAGAGCAGCUGAUUGGUGUGAGGAGGACAAUGGCGGCUGUGAACAGAUUUGCACAAGUCAAGUGGAACACGCAGUCUGCAGCUGCAUCACUGGAUUCUUGCACUGGGAUGGAAAACACUGCCGAGCUUUGAGUGCUUGUAGUGAGCCAGCCAUUCUACCCAUGCUUCUGGUGGCCACUCAGAUCUUUGGUUGGUUAUUGACAAAUGCACAAAACCCGAAACUGUAG